AUGACUGAAUCUGGAUCUCGUCCUCCCUCGGAACGCCCAAUUUCGCGCAGAGGAGUUCAAGAGUCGUCAUCUUCGAGUCCCGUGAUGGCAGGAAGACCUGGAACAGCUUUUAGACCAGGGACCUCUGCUCGACCUCCUUCAAGUUUUCGCGAAGGAACUGCUACGAGACUUGCUUCUGCGAUGGGUACUCGUUACGGGAAUCAACCAACUGCUCAGCGGAUAGGAACUGCGGUUCAAUAUGCAGGAAAUAUGAUUUCAGAGCGUCCCAUAACCCAAAGUGGUCUUUCGGGGCUCUCCUUGAAACGCACGGGAACAGCAAGUGGCAUGCGUCAAGUCAAAGACAAACGUUACUGGCAGGCAAUUUUACAGUCAAAAAUACAAGAAAUCACACAAGAAACCGAUCGUUUGAUGGAUGAAAAGAAAAAACUCGAUCGCGAGAAAUCCGCUCGUAAAUUAUACGAGAAAAAAGUGAAACAAACUGCAAAAGAACUAACAAAUCUUCAAGCAAAACUCACGGAUAUGAAUUUGGCGUUGGACACUUCAAGCACGGGAAUGACGCGACAACAACUUCAAAACGAAACUGUCGCAUUGCGCGAGAAAAAUGAAUCCUUACAAGCGCAACUCGAAACCGUUUUUCGCGAACGCCAAAAAAAGGACGAAGAAAACGCGAGUCUCGAACGUCAAAUCGAGCACGAAAAAAACAAAAUAACGGAAAUGAUCUUUUCGUUGCCGCAAAACGAGCAAAAUCGCUACAAAGAGUAUCAGCGAAUGGGCGAAAAGUUGCGAAACGAAAACAUGGAGAUUCACAAUCAAAUUGAAGCUUACAUCAAGCAAAAGGAAAAAUUGAGUCCGAUGAUUUUGAAUUCGCAAUCUCGCAUGGAAGCGACACGUUUGCAGACGAAAUUACGAGAGCUGAUCGCAAAAAGGAACAAUUUGCGCGAAGAAGAGCUCAAUCGUUUGUCGCCCGGCAAGGAAAGAGAAAAGCUCAUCGAGGAGGUUCGAAGUAAUAAUCAAGCUUUGUCGAGCAUUGGGCGUCAAAUGAAGAUAAUCGAAGAGCAAUUGGAGAACAAAAAAGAAAUUUUGCAGCAAAUUGAGCAAGACUUGGAGGAGGGAAAUUCUGAAAGACACGCAAAAUUCAUCGAAUUGAAGAAACGAGACGAUGUAAUGACGACUUUUAUGGAAAAUUUUGAUCAUAACAUGGAGACAGAGAAGAAAAACAUUCAAACUCUGAAGAACCAAAUAAUGUACGCCAUCGAGCAAAUCACAUUGCAAGGCAUGAACAUGGCAAAUUUACCCGGAAUUGGCAACAAAGGCGAUCUUUUGUCAUUGGAAAAUAACGAUCUGAGUUCCCAAAGUGGCAUGGUAAAAGAAUACAAGAAACAAAGCAUGCAUUUGAAACAACUGCAAAUAAUGGAGAAACGAACUUCGAAACAAGUGAAUGACUUACGUCGUGAAGAAACGGAAAUUUUGCAUGAAAUUCAAAAGUUUAGCAACUUGGAUAGCCUUCGCACUGCAGCAGCUGAAAAAGUAGAAGAGCUAAGUGCUACUUUGCAAGAACUCAAGACGAAGUUGAGAGCUACUGAAGGUGUUUACACGGAAUCUCAAAGUCGAAAUAAGCAAUUAAAGGAAUCUCUUCGCAACAACGAGACUUACCGUCAAAUUUCCCACUUGGAAGACAAAUUAAGUGACUUGUUGAAGGAAAAUAAACUCCUUCAUGAAGCCGUCGAUCAAUUAAAACGCGAAUACAUCUACGAAGAAGUUAAAGAUGAGGCCUUACAACGCGUCGAGGACUACAAUCAGAUGCUCAUCAAUGAAAUUGCGUUCAAUUAA